AUGGGAAAGAAACGCUCUCAAAUCGAGAAGCUUCCCACCCCCGCUGCCCCCAAAGACGACGAGCCACCCACCCCUGUCUCCAAAGACGACGAGAAACUGAAACCGUCUUCUCCAAUUUUCGAAGACAAAGUGGGAGAUUCAUCCUCAGCUUCUUCUUCAUCUGAAGCAGCAGAAGAUGAUGAAUACGAGGAGGACACACCUUCCAAAAACUCAAUUCCACCUGCCAAACCUCAUCCCAAAACUGAAGACGAUUCAGACUCUGAAGACGAGGAAGAAACUGAUUCAGAAGAUGAACCAGCCCCAAAACUUAAAUCCCUCAACGCAAACUCAAAGCCUGUGGAUCAGAUCAAAUCAAAGGCCGACUCCAAACCCGCACUGGCCAGAUCUGGAAUCAAACGUCCUAUCGACAGCGAUCCCAAACAAGCAAAGAAGAGAAAAACCGCGGCUGAAAAAGAGCCGGAAGAGGACAACAAAAAGUCCGGUGAUGAUUCUAAGAGGUUGUUUCAGAGAGUCUUCACCGAGGAGGAUGAAAUGGCCAUUAUCAAAGGUAUAUAUGAUUACAUUACCGAAACAGGAAACGAUCCAUUCAAGUACCACACGGCUUUUUACGAGUUUGUGAAAAAGUCUAUUCAUUUCAAAGUUACACUGGAGCAGCUCAGAGAUAAGAUGCGGAGGCUGAAGCAGAAAUACCAGAAAUACGAGACUAAAGCCAAAGCCAAGAGUGGGAAGACUCCUAAUUUUUCGAAAGCUAACGACAGGAUAAUGUUUGAAUUCGGGCAAAAGAUUUGGGGUGGUAAACUCAAUGUUAAUGAAGCUGAAGAAAAGGGAAAACCUAAUGGGAAACUUUCCAAGAAGGAACCUGCUGCUAAGAAACCAAGAACAACUAAGAAAUUGGUUUUGGAACCGGAUUCGCCGCUGCCUGUUGUCAAGGAAACCAGGAAGGUGGAAAGUACUGAUACUGAGAAUCCCGGUUCUGGUUCGAGUCUGGCUUUGAAUGAACUGAUUCGUUUUGACGAGAGUGUAAGUGGCUCUGGGAAGACCUUGCAUGCGAUGAAGAGGGGAUUGGAGUUGUUGGGGGAAUCAAAGAAGGAAGAGUUCGGGAGAAGGUGGGAGAAGGUGCAGGUUGCUGAACUGGAGGUGUUUAAGAUGAGAGCUGAUUUAGCUGUGGAUCAGGCUAUAUCGAUAUUGAAUGCAUUGAAGUCAUCAUCAAGCGAUUAG